AUGUUAGCAUUGUGUGUAGUCAAGGAUGUAAGGCUUUUGCCAUCUAGGAAACUGAGUGUAAAACCCAUAACAAAUCCUCAGUAUUUGGAUAAUAUGGGGAAUCCAGCCAUUAAUGGAUUGUACGACUUGGCUUUGGGACCUCCAGACUCCAAAGAAGUGUGUGCAACUUGCAUGCAGAACUUCAGCAACUGCCCUGGUCAUUUUGGCCAUAUAGAACUGCCUCUGACUGUCUACAACCCCCUGUUUUUUGAUAAAUUAUACCUUCUAAUUCGAGGUUCUUGUUUGAACUGUCACAUGCUGACAUGUACUCGAGCUGUGGUUCACUUACUGCUAAGUCAGCUGAAGGUUCUGGAGAAAGGGUUGCUUCAUGCCGUCCAUGAUCUUGAAGUCAUUCUGAACAGGUUUUUAGAGCAAUGUGCAGAUGCAACAGGUUCAGAAAUUGAAGAAGAGUUAAAUCGCCAUGUUCAGGAAAUACUCCAAAGUCAUCAAAUAAGAGAUGAGUGUUCGAAUGUGAAAAAUGUAUGCGAGUGUAGAAAUAAACUGAUAGCACAUUUCUGGAAAGCACAUAUGAGUUCAAAGAAAUGCCCAAACUGCAAGUCUAGGAGAUCACUAGUGCGAAAAGAGCAUAACAGCAAGCUGACAGUAACCUAUCCUUCUACAGUGUACCAUAAGUUAGGAGAGGAAGGCAUCCUGGAUGAGCCAGCAGCUAUUGAUGAAAGCCAGUUAGGGAAGAGAGGAUACCUGACACCAAUGACUGCCAAGGAAUACAUCCUGGCUCUGUGGAAGAAUGAAGGUUUCUUUCUGCGUUACCUCUUUGCUGGGGUGGAUCCCCAUGAGAAUUCAGGAUUCAGUCCAGACAUGUUUUUUUUAGAUCUACUUGUGGUUCCACCUUCAAGGUAUCGUCCUAUAAAUCGUGUUGGAGACCGACUGUUUACAAAUGGUCAGACGGUGAACUUGCAGGCUGUCAUGAAAGAUGCCAAAAUGAUACGGAAGCUCUUGGUUUUCAUGGCAAAAGAACAGUGUCAGCCAAUAAAAAUUGCAGAAGAAGAAAUCCAAACAGAGACAGGAGAGAAUAAUGAACCUCUGGACCAUUCUGUCCUGACAAUGAUUCCAGGACAGACCAUUGCAGAUAAGCUGUACAACGCUUGGAUUCGUCUUCAGAGCCAUGUCAACAUUGUAUUUGAUAGUGACAUGGACAAACUAAUGACAGAAAAAUACCCUGGUAUUCGUCAGCUAUUAGAGAAAAAGGAAGGACUGUUUCGCAAGCACAUGAUGGGAAAGCGUGUGGAUUUUGCUGCUCGAUCAGUCAUUUGCCCCGAUAUGUACAUUGGUACCAACGAGAUUGGCAUUCCCAUGGUAUUUGCUACCAAACUGACUUACCCUCAGCCAGUCACUCCCUGGAAUGUGAAAGAGCUGAGGCAGGCUGUCAUAAAUGGCCCAAAGGUUCACCCCGGGGCCUCCAUGGUCAUUAAUGAAGAUGGAUCUCGUACAGUGUUAAGUGCAAGCAGCCUGACCCAGAGGGAAGCCAUAGCUAAGCAGCUCCUCACUCCUUCUUCAGGCGCACCCCAGUCAGGACUGAAGAUUGUAUGUCGACAUAUUAAAAAUGGAGAUGUCCUUUUACUGAACCGCCAGCCCACUCUUCAUAGACCUUCCAUCCAAGCUCACCGGGCCCGAAUCCUGCCUGGAGAAAAAGUGCUGAGGCUUCACUAUGCCAACUGCAAGGCUUACAAUGCUGAUUUUGACGGUGAUGAAAUGAACGCCCAUUUUCCACAGAGCGAGCUGGGUAGAGCAGAAGCCUACACCUUAGCCUUUACUGAUGAACAGUAUCUGGUUCCAAAGGAUGGGAAGCCACUUCCUGGCUUGAUCCAGGAUCACAUGAUUUCUGGAGUCAGCAUGACAAUCCGGGGCUGCUUUUUCACCAGAGAGCAAUAUAUGGAACUUGUUUACCGAGGACUAAUAGACAAAAAAGGAAGAAUUAAAAUAUUUCCUCCUGCCAUUAUGAAACCACAGCAACUAUGGACAGGAAAGCAGGUUGUUUCUACAUUGUUAAUAAACAUCAUUCCAGAAAACCACGUCCCAUUGAAUUUGACUGGGAAAGCUAAGAUUGGUGGAAGAGCCUGGGUAAAGGGACCUGCAAACAGAUGUCCAAGUCUUGACUCAAUGUGUGAAUCUCAGGUUAUUAUUAGAAAUGGGGAAUUACUGUGUGGAGUCUUGGACAAAGCUCACUUUGGCAGCUCUGCCUAUGGCCUGGUCCACUGUUGCUAUGAAAUCUAUGGGGGUGAAACCAGUGGGAAGGUGCUGACAUGUCUAGGACGCCUCUUUACUGCUUAUCUGCAGCUGUACAGGGGAUUUACAAUGGGGAUUGAAGAUAUUUUGGUUAAACGUGAAGCAGACCACAAAAGAAAAAAGAUCAUUGAAAAGUCAAGCCAGUGUGGCAUUGAAGCUGUAAGAGCUGCUCUUAAUUUGCCAGAAACGGCAUCAUGUGAGGAGGUCCAAGGGAAAUGGCAAGAUGCCCAUCUCCGCAAAGACCAGAGGGAUUUUAACAUGGUUGAUCUGAAAUUCAAGGAGGAAGUAAACAGUUACAACAAUGAAGUUAACAAGGUUUGCAUGCCCCUUGGUCUCCACAGGAGCUUUCCAGAGAACAAUUUGCAGUUGAUGGUACAGUCAGGAGCCAAAGGAUCCACUGUAAAUACAAUGCAGAUUUCUUGUUUGCUGGGCCAGAUUGAGUUGGAAGGUCGAAGACCCCCAUUGAUGGCAUCUGGCAAAUCGCUGCCAUGUUUCCAGCCUUACGAUUUUUCCCCUAGCUCAGGGGGAUUUGUGACCGGCAGAUUUCUCACUGGGAUCAAACCUUCUGAAUUCUUCUUUCACUGCAUGGCUGGCAGGGAAGGUCUUGUGGACACAGCUGUCAAAACCAGCCGUUCUGGGUACCUACAAAGGUGUAUCAUAAAACAUUUAGAAGGACUGGUAGUUCAGUAUGACCUGACUGUACGAGAUAGCGAUGGCAGUGUGGUGCAGUUCCUGUAUGGAGAAGAUGGGCUUGAUAUCCCUAAAACUCAGUUCUUGCAACCUGAGCAGUUUCCUUUCAUUGCAGAAAACUAUGAGGUAAUCCAGAAGACAAACCAUCUGGAUGAAGCUUUAGGAAGGAUGGAGUCUCACCAAGCUAACCAGCAGUUCAAAGCCAUCAAAAAGUGGCGAGCCAGGCACCAAAACUCUGUGCAAAGAGAAGGAGGUUUUCUGAUGUUUUCCCAAAAGAAAAUGGCAAGUGUGAAAGCACUGAUUCCAGGAGGAGAAAUCAAAAAUGGAAGAGAUCCUGCUACUUUACAGUUAUUGAAGAUGUGGUAUGAAAUAAGUGAGAAGAAACGAAGAAAGUAUCUGAAAAAGACAAAUAAGUGUCCUGACCCCAGCCUUGGUGUUUGGCGUCCAGAUACUUACUUUGCGUCUGUUUCAGAAACAUUUGAAAAUGGCAUUGAAGAUUAUAUCAACAAAUGGGAAUCUGAGAACAGACGAAGUUAUACGCGCCCAGAACUUUCUUCUGAUAGAUUGAAGAAUUUGUUGUAUUUAAAGUGGCAGCGAUCUCUUUGUGACCCAGGAGAAGCUGUGGGUCUUCUUGCAGCUCAGAGUAUUGGGGAACCUUCCACACAGAUGACUCUGAACACCUUCCACUUUGCUGGCAGAGGUGAAAUGAAUGUCACAUUGGGUAUUCCAAGGUUGCGGGAAAUACUGAUGGUAGCCAGUGCAAAUAUUAAAACACCAAUGAUGAGUGUUCCUGUGUUCAAUACGAAGAAAGCUCUCAAGAAGGUGAAACAGCUUAAGAAACAGCUCACAAGAGUGUGCUUAGCUGAGGUGAGCCUCCUAUUCAGUGAGUCCCUACAUGUGAAGUGCAAGCAGAACAAACAUCGCCUCUACAAAAUCAAAUUCCAUUUCUUGCCCCAUGAAUAUUACCGAGAGGAGAAGUGUGUGAAGCCCGGGGACAUCUUGCACUUCAUGGAAACAAGGUUCUUUAAAUUUUUUCUGGAAGCAAUUAAAAGGAAGAAUGCAAAGAUGGCAUCUUUUACUGAAGUCAGCACCCGGAAGGCAACUCGGAAAGAUUUAGAUGGUGACCAAGACAAGGCACAGAAUGAUCAGGAAGCUCCAGCAGAGGAAGAAGAGAACAUUGUUGAUGCAGAAGCUGACGAAGGGGAUGGCGAUGCUACAGAAGCAAAACGGAAAAAGAACCAAGAAGAAGAGGUUGAUUAUGAGAGUGAAGAAGAGAAUGGGGAAGAAAACAUUGAUGAGAAUCUAGAAGAUGAAGAGGCUGAAUCAGAAAAAGAAGAAAGGACCCCCAGUGCAGAAGAUCAGAUUGGAGCAGAUGGUGAUGAAUCUCAACAUCUUUCCUUUAUAUCUCAAACUAAAAAAGAGAAAGAUCGAUUACUUCAAUCAGCAGAGUUGCGAGUAAAUGCUGUUCUGGACAGCCACCCAUCAAUACAGGAUUACACGUUUGACACUGAAAAUGAACUUUGGUGUGAGGUUUCAUUGACACUUCCACUGAUGAAGAUGUACUUUGAUCUCUCCUCCUUGCUUGUCUCUCUUGCACGAAGCACAGUUAUUCAUGAAGUGAAGGGGAUCACACGAUGCUUGUUGAAUGAAAGUACCAAUAAGCAAGGAGAGAAGGAACUUGUUCUGCAUACAGAAGGGAUAAACCUUGUGGAGUUGUUCAGAUACUCUGAUAUUUUGGACCUGAACAGACUUUAUUCCAAUGAUAUUCAUGCCAUGGCUAAGAAUUAUGGCAUUGAGUCCGCCCUGAGGGUGAUUAUAAAGGAAAUAAAAGAUGUAUUUGCUGUAUAUGGAAUUGUGGUAGACCCUCGGCACCUUUCACUUGUGGCAGAUUACAUGUGUUUUGAAGGAUCUUAUAAACCACUGAAUCGUUUUGGAAUUCAGUCCAACUCCUCCCCUCUGCAACAGAUGACAUUUGAAACCAGCUACAAAUUCUUGAAGGAAGCAACAAUGAUGGGUGCCCAUGAUGAACUGCGAUCCCCUUCUGCAUGCCUUGUGGUUGGAAAAGUUGUUAAAGGAGGGACUGGUUUGUUUGACCUCAAGCAACCCCUCACGUAGUGUUUUGGCUAGAACUUAAGGAUUCUGACUGAACUGUUCAUCACGAGAGAUACGUACGCUCUACAGCUAUGCAACAAGGGCUCAUGCUGUGUCCCCUGUCACCUUCCCUGUGCCAAUAGGGGCACCUCUAAGCUGGUGGGAAAGCGCCGGAGCUCACUUCGCCAGCUGAGGAGCUCCUCCUUCCAGUGGAACUGUGCUGACGGGGAUCAGAUCAGGUAUUGGGAGACGUCGGCUUGGGAUUGUGAAGGAGCCUGUGUGGAGUGUCUCGAUGGACUCCAUGCUGCCUCAGCCCCUGUGUCAACGUACCGCAAAUUGCGCUGAAGCUUAACAAAUGUAUUAGGCCAGUAGCUCUCCAGUUUCACUCUGCAAAUCUUCAUAAAAGAUUUCCUUGUGUCUUUCUCCAGUCUUAGCACCUGCUAUGUAUUUCUCAAAAACAUGUCAUUCUGCGAACAACUGGGACAGAAUUAGUUGGAUACGGUUUUGCAAAUGGUUAGACGGGAAAGAGCAAAAGUGGUAACAAAAAGACUUUUUUAAUUUCAGGCUACAGCCUGUGCUGUUACAGACCAUUUGCUGAGAAAGGUCCCCAAGAGGUAUUCUCAGUCCUGCAGUGAAGAGCUUUUAUGCCACGUGUUCUAUGUGGAGAUGCAGCAUCCUUUAGUUCUCUAAGGAGUUUGGCCUAAAUAACUCAUUCAUCCAGGUGUUCACAUGACUUCUCUGUGAAGCUUAAGAAGUCGCUUGGAUUGUGUCAUGGUAAUUAAUUGUCCACACAGUUAUGGAGCUAUGAAAUGCAGGAAAACUUAGGAGUUUUAGACUUUGGCAUCACAUAGGCAAGUACAAAUUCUGUGUGUUUGAAAUGUACGUGUGUAAAACUAUGUUGCACUGCAGCCGAAAAGGGAGUCUCUUGAGUAACUCCAGGAUGUCCUUUUCUAGACCAGCUUGCUUUUCUGUUGCUGUCUGAAGCUCCCGAGGCCAGCGUUGCCUGUAGCAAUCCUUCUGGCAGGCUUGUGUGCUGCUUCAGCAGUGAGAAGUAGUCCUGUACGGUGGUGGGGCAGCAGUCAGCCAAGGUGCUUUAGGGAAGCAAGGGGUGUGGACGCUAAAUGAGCCGGGCAGGAAAGGGCCUAUAAAUAUUCCGUAGUCUCAUUUUGAGAAAGCAUACUGAAGUGACCGUCCUUUGCUUUACACCACCUUGCGUGUCAAAUUGCUGUUUCUUGCUCCCUGUAGAAUUGGCUGUGCAAGAGGAAAUGGUGAUGAAUUCAGUCAGUCCUGUUCCUGGGUUAUCUAAUCUUUAGAUGGAGCCGUUGUUUGGGAAAUGUGCUCUGGCUGUGGCAGGAUGAGCCAACCUCCCCUUUCAGUCUUGUGUUGCCUUUAUGAUUUAGGCACAGGCCAGUAUCUGAAAAAUUACCCUGAUCUGUACUGAAACAAUUGAUGCUGUAGGAAAGCCCCUAACAUUAAAGUUCAGAUCUUACCCAACGUCUGCUUAGGAAAACAAAGUAGGUGGUUGUUCUGUUCAUGAACAAAAGUGACAGGGGAGAGAGUAUGGCAGGACCUCAGAUGAGAGUCCAUGUCUCCAAGGCUGGAGAACGGUACCUAUUUUGGCAUAUAAAUGGGCUCAGUUUAUACCAUGAAGGAGAGGCAGCUGAGGCAGCAAUUCCUCUUAAACCGUAGCGUGAGCAUGUUGACUUGGGAAUCAUGUAAACUGCCCUUUCUGAGACUUUGGUUUGCUUAAAAUACACAUGUGCAGAAAAGGGAGGUAGAAGAAACAUCCUGCUUCCUGUGGUCAGAAAACUUCUGUUUCUUUUCAUGCAACAUGCACCUCCAUGCAGCUAGAUCUUUCUCGCUCCUUGCACCGAUGGCUGUCGCUGUACAGUACUUUCUGAGGACGUGCGAGCUACCUACCCCAAACACAGUCUGGGAGAGGGCUGCAGUAAUGGAUGGGGCUCUUGCUGCUUUGUAGUUACAUAAAACAGAUGAGUGGAGGUGGUUUUGGCAUAAAGGACCCCACAUUGCUGACAGUAGAUGUGAUUUCAUAGAGAGGAGGAAAUCAUGAUUGAAAGGCCAGAAGAAUGGGCUAGAAAGCCCCUUUGGAGUAUGAGAAUGGAGCUUUGCAAAUAUUUAAAUAAGAUGGGAAUUCAUAACUGGGACUUCCUUUUCCUUGUUUCUCUGACUAAGCAUCUUACUGCUCUGAAUCAGAAUUCAGUGUGGUUUUUUUCACUGCUUGAAGGGAACCUCCUGGUUCUCUCUGGUGGCAGACCAAGCUCGACUAGUACGAAUUGGUGAAGAAAUACAUCAGAUAGCAUGAGGAGUUCUCAGUGCCGUUUUUGACUCUUUUCUGCAGGGUCACUUUGAAUGAACACUAUUUACAAGUCUUCCAUCCAAUAUCUUUGACUUCAUUACCUUGGCAAUCAUAACAAAUAAUGCAAAACUACUACUGAACGGUCAAACCUUGUGGUGAUUUCCUCUAGUUGGUGUAUGUACGCUGCAUUUCCAUUUCUAGGCGAUUUAGAAGUCGGAUGCAGUGCUGGCACUGGCCACGCUCUUAAUGCUUCUUUCCUGGGAACCAUCCCUUCUCUUCCCUAUCUGCUGCACUGUAGGAUGCCAAGAUGCCCCGCGAAAACGUGGGAGGAGUGAGAGGAGAAGAGGUAACUUCCACAAUAGCUUGCUUUCUAUGUGUUAUCUCCGCUACUAAUAGCAAACGAUCUGUCUGGAAAGCUGAAGGUUGUAAGCUUGCCUGAAAGUGCACUCCAGGAAUGGGCUGGUUAGCAUAUGCAGAUAUGAAAGCUGGGGGAUGAGGGUUUUUUAAAGCUGUAAUAGAAGGAACUUCAGAGUUAUUCAGCCAGAAAGGGAGGCAGCGAUCCUCAUCUUCUGGCCACGCAUACUUCGGCAAGGAGGGCAUAUAUUGUUUUAUUGUUUUAUCCUGCUCAUGUGGUACAAAACACCCACUGGCUGACCCAGUUCUGUUCCCUGUAAGAUAGGGGUAACAUCUUUUCAGUAUGUUGGUAACGGUGACCCAGCUUGUAUUUGCACAGCACUUGGAAAGUGAGCUACGUUCAACCUUAAUAAAUGGUAACAGAAGGCUUGUUCUUGACAGUAAACUUUAAAAAAAAAAAAAACAAAACGCUAAGUCAGGCAAUGAGGAUGGAUACAAAUAGGAAUUAGUGCUUCUUUCAUCUCAAAAGCAAAACUAAAUAUUAGAAGACAGAGAGCAGAAAAGUUUCUCUUGCCAGAUCCUCAGUGCCCAUGUUGUUGUGCUUGUGUAGGUCAGUAACCAAGCAGUGGCAACAACACAGCUCGAGGACAUCUUUAAUCAUUCAGAGCCUUUCUGGACAAACCACUUGAAGCUUGCCGCUAAGUACUGAAAUCUGGAAGCCACCUCAUCUGCGGAGGAGUUUGGCAAGUACAAGGGCAUGUGACACCUCAGGGACACUUCACACAAGGUCAGAUUGCGGUGACCGGGCCACGCUCCCAGGUCUGGUGGCUGCAGGCAGAUCAAGCCAAAGCAAAACCUUUGCUGGGAUUAGGUCAGACAGGAGAAUUUGUGAACAUCGCCCAUAAAUUGAGAUCCAAAAAGCGUUUUGAAGGUUUUGGUGUUGAACACUGCAAUCUUCAUCUGUGGGGUGGACAUGAAGGCUGGGGUCUGUAGGCGACCACUGUGCUGCAGUAGGGGAGAGCGAGAUCUGCCUCCCCCAGUUUGCCACGUGGCAACCCACUAACUCAGCCAGAAGGGAACGGUGGAAACUGCAUCUUCAGCCCUUGCUUUUCCUUGUGGUUUAUGCAGCGCGCUGAGCGGCAGAGAUGAUGUUUCACCCUGAAGCCCCCCAAGUUUUGGUUUUGUAGAUAAGUGCAUAGUAACAAUAUGAGCAAAAGAGAGCAAACGUGACUUCUUUCAAAGUAUGGCCAGGGAAGUGGAGGUGAACCAUGCCCUGUCCGGCCCAUGAGCCUGGCGUUGGGGGAAGGCACUGAAGACACAGGAGACCUGCUCUGGGCUCUCUGCAGUGCCCUGGGGGGCUUCCAGCCCGCCUCCUGAGUGCCCUAACCACCAGCCCAGGACAGGGAAACAUCAGUUUUCCUGCUCUGAAACUCCUUGCUGCUGCUGCUGGAAGUAAUGUGCUGUUUGUAGGGAUAAGGCAGGGAGGAGGUCAGCUCCAUUCCCAGGGGAAGAGAGGGCUAAAUGGGACUUUCUUGGAAGAGCAGAGAAACCUUUCUCCCAGCAUGUGUGCAGCCUCAUCCAGAAGAAUGGAGAGAAAUCCUGCCUGGAAACAGGAUUGCAGCUAUCUCUUGUCCAGAAUUUGAGGCGUUUUCCUGUGAUGGGAGCGACGGGGGUUGUAAGUCCCUCUUCAGGCAAACGAGGGCUAUGAAGCCCCGUGUUAUGGAUGAGCACUGUAACCCCUAGGUGAGGCAACCACCCAGCUUCAGCGUUGCCUUUCUCUAUCAUUUCUGAGUCGCUCUGCAGUGUGGGUACGGGCGUGGGAAGGCUCGAGGACGCUCCCGGUGGGAGGUGGACACUGGUAGUACAAUGCCCAAGCCUGGGUGCUGAGCUGGAGGUGUACGGGGGGUGUACCGGGGAGCUCAGAGUGCUGUAGGGUGAGAAGGUAACUGCAGAGCUCUGUUGGCCCCAGGGAAUUUUCAGGAAUGCAAGGUUGCUCAAUGGAGCAUCGUUAGUGCAUCCUCCCUGGAGGCCUGUGCUGCCGAGCUGAGCUGUCAGCCAGGGCCAGCCUUGACAGCCCGUUCCCGCUCCUGUUACAGCGGGUGCUGUAGAGCCAGGAUUAAGCAAGCUGCUCCUUAACAAUGUUUUACAGUUUUCUGGCUUAGAUCCCUUGAAAGAGCUGACUGCCCAGAUUGCCCUGGAAAAGCUUAGGUCCGAUCCCUGAGCCGGAGAGGAUGUAGAGCUGUUCCUGGGUGCAGCGCACUCUGCCAGCUUCGGGAAGAUGAAUGAUCCCCCUCGGCGGGGCUGUCUUGGAUCUGGUGGGGCUGUGGCUUGGUCUGUAGUAACGCUGCUGCUGUUGUUUGGGUUUUGAAGCCUCGCCUAGCACUACAGACAGAAUAACGAGUGAUCGAGAAGUAACAGUGGAACAUUAACGCAAACUGCAAUAAAUACGGAGAUGCAUUAUUAAUAGGACGUUAAAACCAAAAGGGCAAGGAGAGCAAAUAGUAUGCUGACAGUACAACAGCUCUGCAGAAAAAUCCCAGGGCUGUACCUUGGAAAAAUACCAACGUUCUGUAAAACACUUCAAUAGAGAGUUCUGCUUUCUGUUAUACCACAUUUUCUCUGCCUGGGAGCCUGGAUUAUUUCUGGAAGAUGCAGAAUUUGAGGUGUGUUUUAGCCUCGUGAAUGUGAAUAAUGCUACAAACCAGGACAAGUGCCCUCAGCCUCCCAUGGGGAUCAGCUGCGACUUAAUUUUGGAUAAAGCCACAGAACUCAAUUUCUACAAGAGUGGAAAGACAGCAGAGUUUGGAUUCCUGCUCUUGCCAAGCUCUCAGACUGGGCAGGAGUUUGAGGCUGGACCCAGACUGGUGCUGAGUGAGAGGCAGCAGCAGGGAGUGCCCGUUUCAUCCCCUCUUUGCACAAAACACCAGCAGUGAGGACAACGCUGCUUAAUUUUUCAGUAGCAGAAGUGCAGGCAGCAGCUCUCAUGCGUGGCCUCGUGUUUUGGGGCCAGGCCAGGGCUCUGGGCAGGAGAGAGACAGCUCUUUUAAGGUGCUGGUGCAUCCAGUCCUCCACCCACCGGGCUGUGGCUCUGUUCAGUUAUCUCUGGUACAGCCGGAUCAUGACAAGCUCAUCUUCCUUCAGCAGAGACGGAGCUCACACCCUCACACGUGCUCCAGCUUAACAGAUCAGCAGCAACGGGGUGACACAAAGCACGUGGUGUGAGCACGGACAGGAUCUAUCCCUUUUUCCUUGACCCAUGGGGUCUUGUUGACCCAAAUCUUUGCCACUGAGUGGCUUCAAGUCUCUGUGUUAGCCCCUUGAAGCCAAGUCCGUCCCAGGCGAUGCUUUUGCAGGCUUUCAGCUUUGCCCUUCACUCGCAGAAGUUUCGUAGGCGUUGCUGUGGCUUGCACAAACAGCUCUUGCAGCUGAAGCUCCAGCAAAGCCAGGCCUAGAUGUGCCCAGCUUAACUGCGUUCACUCAGUGUCCCCAUUACCAGCACCCCGUUUUCCCAAGAGCCUCCCCCUUGCUUGGGGGUGAUCAUCCUGCCCAAAAGCCCACGAUAGGGUUGCCAUUUGCCUUCCCCAUGGUUGCCCAAGUUGCUGGUGGGGCUGGUGCUAUGGGGGGGGAGGGUCGUGCCUCACGCUGCUGCCAAGAGGCAGGGGCUGUGCAUGGGGUGCUGCUGCCUUCCCCCUGUGCAGGGGCGGGGUGUGCCCUCUCUGCCCAAAUGCCUCCCCUGCCCGGCACGCGUGUGUCUCCAUACUGAAUCCAGUCUUCCCCUCCCUCGGCUGAGCCGCCUGUGACCGCAGGAGGUUCCUGCUCCUUCUUGGCGGUUGGUUACAGAAGCUAGAGCUGACACCAGCUGCUUUUCCCUUCUGUCGGGGGAAAUUCCCUUGCUUCAAAUUCAAGAAAUUGAAAUAAUUGGGUUUGGGGUUUUGUUUUUCUCUUUUCUGCCUACACCUCCCAUCCCAACCUGUUGCUGCUUUAAGCUCUUUAAGGGAGUGAGUCUCUGCUGGUUCAUUUUGGGGGUGGAAUGGGAGACCAGCACGGAGAGCGUAUGACCAACACUGCAUCCAGCUGGUCAGGCCAUGGAGCGUAAAGCCAAGCGUAAAUGGGAUUCAUCCAUUGCAGCUAAAUCCUGAUAUUACAGCCCAGGGGCUGCGCCGCAGGGAUCUGCGUUUCCCAGGGCCUCUCUAUGAUUUUAAUUUGGCAGCUGGGACUUUGUUCCUCGCAGCCCUACAAAGCCAUGCAAGGCAAAAGUUUUCUCCUCCUGGGAUGUGUGGGUAUUUUUUAAAGGAAAUGUUUAAAAUGGGAUUGAGUUUUCUUCCUGGAAAUGCUGAGUUGUUCCAAGGAAGCAAAGGUUUCUUCACCGCAGUGAAAGGGUUAUACAGUAGGACAUGGACUCAUGUACUGCAUCGUCCGUGCAAGAAGUAAUCCUUUAAAAUAAGGUUUUACAGACGAGAAAGCGGAAAUGUCGACACGAGGAACGCAGGUGAAGAGUUGGUUUGACUCUGGCUUUUCACCUCUCUGGGUGAUCAAAAAAACCCCAAACCAACCUGAGAGUGUGAUACGUCAAACCCAGAGAUAGGAGGUUUUCCUGGUAUAACAAAACCCGACGUUUCGUUUGCAGUCAACCAAAAGAUUUCAUCUUGACCUUCUGCUUAGGGGAGUUAGGGAGAUACCCACAAUUUUUGAAGUGAUUUUAGAUGCGGAAAUGUUUGUACCAGAAUAAACCAGCCAGUUCUCAACAUCUGCGGUUCUCUCUGAUUUUUUUUGUCCUGAAAUUAUUUUCUGAAUCCUGCUUAAAUUAGCGGGGGAGGCUUGUGGAGAAGAGGGGGUUUAUUCACUGCCUGACAAACCCUUUGAAAAAGGCCCACCUACA